AUGGACAGUGAGUCGCCAAAAAGCUACGAUUCCGACGCUAUUCUCGUUGAGAGUGGCAUCGAGGCUGUGGUCUCUACAUCUUCGAUUACCUCGAUCUCUAGUGAAAAUAGCUCUGACACUAUAAGUAUUUCGAGCGCCGAUCGACUGGACCAAAAACUUCCAGAUCAACAAUUUUCGAUUACACAGACCUCUAAUCUAUUCGAUCGUGGAAGCGGGGAGGUAUUGGAUCAUAAAGCAUCACAGGAGAAGGAAAGGCCUCAGGAUCUUCAUUUCAGGUCAGUAUGUCGACUUCUAGAUGCCGAAAAUUUCGAAGCCACAGAUCUCAGGGCAGGAAGCAGUCAAGAUGAGUCUUCUCCAGGGUACAUAUCAUGCUCAGAGGGGGCGACUUCCCAGAGUGAAAGUUCUCUCGAAGAGAAUGGCGGCGAAGAAAGCUUAAUCGAUGAAGUGCUAUCGGUGCUUGGAGUUGGGGGUCCAACGGCAAGAAAGAGAGCGAUACAUCCAUCCGAGAUCGAGUCUAGUACCAUACCCAACGACUACUCCCACAGUUCUCCUCUUUCUCAGAAACUGGAAUGUGUCUCGAUACCGCCUCUGCUAGUACCGAAAUCGAAGUACAUUGGUUGGAAGCAUUCCUUGUCUACCACCGACGAGAGGGCUACACUGAGCAGUAUGCUUGAAGCUCAAGCAGGGAAUCAAGAACAGCCAGACAGCUUCCAUGAUAUUCUUGUCGAAGACUUUGUGAUAUAUCGACCUGGAUAUUCAACCCGUUAUCCAUGGCAAGUUGUUACGUUGGAUAACAUUAUUUCGAAUCGCGAGAGCUGUCGGUACCUUCUCAAUGGUGUUCUCAAGUAUGGCGCAAUCGCAGAGUAUGUUGAAGCCAUGGAGAUCGACAUAGAUACAAUCAGCAUUGAUGGCUUUGAAGACACUGAGGUUCACUCCGUGCAGGACAUGGUCUACCUACAAACAGUUGUCUGUGCAAGGAGACGUACCGCAUUAGAUUGCUGGUAUCGUCUUGGUGAGCCUUCAGGCCAAUAUCGAGACCUCCACAAGCGAUUUUUGUGGGUAGCAGAUCUCGCCAAGCAUGUGAUUGACUACGCCAACUGGAAGUAUCAUUCAGAGGACCGUAACGUCAUGGUCCGCUUAAAAGACUUCCAGCAAGACUUCAUGACAAGGAUUGUGAAUUGGCAUGCUGGGAGUUUGCAGUUUGAAGAAUGGUUGCAUGUUUACAAAAAGCCUGACUUCAGGAUCCCUCUCAAUCGCCAUCGCGAGUUCAUAUACAGCAGAGCGGCCGGCUUAGGAGGUCACUAUCCGGACCAUGAUCUUUGGUCUGACCUAAUGGUACGGCCCGCAAUGUCCAUUAGUGAUUAUAAUGGACUACCUGAGGAUACUUUGGUGACAACAUACGUUAAACAUUGCUGCAGAUCCAUGCCAUGGAGCUAUGUUCUUAAAGAGGAAAGAAUGAGCGAGUCGGUAGGGCGACAACAGCAGCGUCGUGCAACUGCCAUGGGAUUCUCCCUUCCUACACUUCAUCAUCAGUCUUCAGGAUUAGAUGAGGUCCCAAGAACUGCUGCUUUGCUCGAGGUUGCCGCGAAAUCAGGAUUAACUUCUGCUAUCUCGGCUGACGAGGCUUUAGGCAGAUUCGCCAUUGUUCGUUGGAAACGAUCACAAGGCCGGACCUCCUAUCACGAAUACUCGUAUGUUUACAUCCAGAAGGUUAUCAAGUCUGAAUUAAAGGUCAUAUUUGUCUACCUACCCUCGGAGACAAUUUGCCUUGACGGACAUUAUCCCCAUCAAAACGAAUUGUUUCUUUCCGAAUGCUGCAACUGCUCUGCUGAUUGUGCCCCGAUUUUUCUUAGCGACAUUAUCCGACUUGUCGGAGUCACUAUUGGGGAUGAGAUAAUCGGGCUGCAGGAUUUCUUCGUCAGACAGAAGUAUGUACACAACGAGGAUGCAAUCUCUCGUCUAGAGAAAUCAGAUUUUCUAUGCCCCUGUCUCCGACCCCCAGAUGUAGUCAGCACUGAUGAAAAGUAUGACAAAGUCGAAAGGGAACCUCUUUCUGGCCUUGGCCUAUUCGCGGGGUGUGGCAACUUCGACCUUGGGUUAGAGGCGUUUGGCGCGGUCAAAUUUGUGGCUGCUGUGGAGAUCAGUGAGACUGCACUCAAAACAUACGCUGCAAACCGAUCAAUGGGUUUUCAUGGCCUCAUUUUUGACUCUGUCAAUCCCACACUACUAAAAAUUCUCCAAGGGAGUUUGGACCUUCAUGACAUAGAACUCAUUAGCGCUGGCAGCCCCUGCAAAGGCUGGUCCAGGGCAAACCCCUAUCGUGGGGACGAUAAUGGGAUGAGAAACUGCUCACUGGUUGCCUCAACCAUCUCUUACAUCGAGACCUUCCUGCCGAGCUAUGCAGUAUUGGAAAAUGUGGGUGCUAUGGGCUCUGGUGUAGGCAACUCUUGCAACCAGGUUGUUGCCUGUUUAGUUGGCCUUGGCUAUCAGGUCCGGAAAAUGAAGCUGAAUAGUCGAGAUUUUGGAAGUUCUCAAGGCAGGGAUAGACUCUUCAUACUGGCGGCUGCUCCCAAUGUACCUCUUCCUAAAGAGCCAAGGCCUUCGCACUCUAAGAAAACCGGCUUUGUGAAGGCUUCCGAAGUGAGUCGAGGUCUACCGCCAAUGGAUAACGACGACUUGAUCUGUAUAUCACAUCCAGAUCAUAUUGCUGGUGCGAAGCAAACUCCGCUGUUUAGAGAGCUCAUUCGGCGAAUUCCACGAUACCCCAAGACUAUGAAUUUUCUCCAGUCAGUUAAGAAGGGUUAUCAGGGAAAAGCGCAACUAGAGUGGUUGUUGUCAAGGAAAGGGCUUCAUGACGUCGAAGAUCAUAUGGCUUUUACUCGGCUUGACCCGGACGGUCUUAUUCCUACGAUCACAACGUCCCCAAGACCGGCUUGUGGAUGGGGUGGUGGACGUAUCAUACACUGGGACGAACAUCGCACACUCACCCUACUUGAAGCUCGGAGAGCACAGGGGAUUCCUGAUGAGGAAGUGAUUAUUGGAGACCUCCCGAAGCAAUGGGCCCAGGUGGGAAAUGCAGUGAAUCGACAGGUUGCCAGGGCGUUAGGGAAGGUCAUUGCGGAUUCCUGGUUUUCCAAAAGAGCAUCGCCUGGCCUGAAGAUCGUCGUUGCCAUUCCAGCAAACAAGACGUCCGGCCGGUCACAAAAAGCUAAGAAAGAGACCCGACUGUCUUGUAUGGGAGAUGAUCACGUCAGCGGAGGGCUCAACCUCAAGGACAUGGAGCAAGGUGAAGUCCAGUUCGUUCAAGAUAUAUUCAGACAUUAUGGACGCACCUCAGGCACCAAGCAGGCUAGCAUCAACAACAAUGCCUCAGAUCUGAGUUUCAGCCAGAUACAGCGUCGGGAAAUAUCCACCAUUGAACGAAAUGCUGCUGGUGACAAAAAGUCUGUUCGCAUGUUCGCAGAACGAAGCAUUGAAGUCUGCAUAAAAGCACCAACGCCGUCGUCAGAAGAGAUUGAAUACGGAAGUGCGGAACAUCCCAUUAAUUUGGAGGCGGAAGUUUCAAUCUCGAAGAGAAGGAGGGAAGAUAUUUCGGAUGAUGAUGACGAGGAGGAGGAUGAAGACGAUUUGAAGAACUGGGUGGGCAAGCGGGUCAGGUCGAGAAUGAACAAUUGA